UAGAGGUUUGUUUGGCUUCUCUGCGCUCGCCGUCCGGCGCCAUUAAAGACACAGACGGAACGGUACGAUGCUGAAGGGAUUAUAAUUUUUUUGGGAAAUGUGUAAGGAAGAGGUCGAAGGAGGGGGACUGUUGCCAAGGCGAGCGCUGACAGUCGUUGGGCCCGCAGUGAGGAUCGCGAAGGAUGUGGCCAAGGGGAAGAGCUUGGAAAUAAAAUGGGCAGCGCGGUGCCUGAUCUCCUGGCGAAAGGAGCCGGAGAACCCAGCUGAGUCAUCCAGGAUGACGGAGCUGGGACUGAAGUGGGCCUGUGAGUACUGCACCUACGAGAACUGGCCGUCGGCCAUCAAGUGCACCAUGUGCCGGGCGGCCAAGCCCAGCGGUGCCAUAAUCACCGAGGACCCUUUCAAGAGCAGAUCGGGGCUAGGCCUAGGGCGCAACUGGGACCCGUCUAGCGGCCAGGGGGGAGGAGGCCUGCUUAUCUGCCCGGAUUCGAGUGCACGCCCACGUGUUAAACCGGAGGACGAUGGCGGCAGCGGGGUGGGGGAGGCAGCCAGCAAGUGGUCCUGCCACAUGUGCACCUACCUGAACUGGCCGCGCGCCAUCCGUUGCACCCAGUGCCUGAGCCAGCGCCAGCGGGCCCGCAGCCCCGUUGAGGCUCUGCAGUCGCCAGGUUCUGCACAACCCUGUCUUCCGUUGCCGGUGCCCUCUGCAGACCCCUGCGAGGCGUACAAUGACCGAAACAAGCCCGGCGUACACAUCCACCCAUGGGUGUGCACCACCUGCACCUACAAGAACUGGCCAGGGGCCCGCAGGUGCUCUGUGUGCGACCUACCCGAACCCGGCAGCACGGAAGCGGGGGGCGGAACCGAGCCUGUGAGCCCGGACUCUACUGUCAACGAGCAGGACCGUGCACGCUGUAGUGGAACCGAGAGGCACUCGUCUCCACCGUCCUCCAGGAGGGAGACCGAGGUGGCAAUGGACUUCCAGAGGAUUGAGCUGGCGGCCGACGCCGGUGGCAGUACGGAAGAUCUCGAGGCGGACUUUAAAAGGCUCAAGCAGAUCAAGAACAGGAUGAGGAAGACGGACUGGCUGUUCCUCAACGCCUGCGCAGGCGUGGUGCAGGGUGACCUGGCUGCCGUGGAGGCCUACAAGUCAUCCGGGGGGGACAUCGCCCGGCAGCUGACGGCCGACGAGGCACGCCUCCUGAACCGGCCCUCGGCCUUCGAUGAGGGUUUCACUCUGGUGCACCUGGCCAUCCGUUUCCAGAGGCAAGACAUGCUGGGAGUCCUGCUCACAGAGGUAUCCCGGCAGGCUGCCAAGUGCAUCCCAGCCAUGGUGUGCCUGGAGCUGACAGAGCAGAUCCGCCGCGAGGUGGCUGCCUCCCUGCACAAGCGCAAGGGCGACUUCGCCUGCUACUUCCUCACGGACCUGGUCACGUUCACGCUACCUGCAGACAUCGAGGACUUACCACCUUCUGUUCAAGAGAAGCUGUUUGACGAGGUCCUCGAUCGAGAUGUGCAGAAAGAGCUGGAGGAGGAGUCACCUAUCAUCAACUGGUCCCUCGAGCUGGGAACGCGGCUGGAGAGCCGGCUAUAUGCGCUGUGGAACCGUACGGCGGGCGACUGCCUCCUCGACUCAGUGCUGCAGGCCACAUGGGGGAUCUACGACAAGGACUCGGUCCUGCGCAAGACGCUUCACGACAGCCUGCAUGACUGCUCACACUGGUUCUACACUCGCUGGAAGGAGUGGGAGUCCUGCUAUUCGCAGAGCUUUGGCCUGCACUUCUCCCUGCGGGAGGAACAGUGGCAGGAGGACUGGGCCUCGAUCCUCUCGCUGGCAAGUCAGCCUGGGGCGAGUCUGGAGCAGACUCAUAUUUUUGUCCUUGCACACAUUCUUCGAAGACCCAUCAUAGUUUACGGAGUGAAGUACUACAAGAGUUUCCGUGGCGAGACACUCGGAUACACGCGUUUCCAAGGCGUCUACUUGCCUUUGCUGUGGGAGCAGAGCUUCUGCUGGAAGAGCCCCAUUGCCCUCGGCUACACGCGGGGCCACUUCUCCGCGUUGGUGGCCAUGGAGAACGACGGCUAUGACGACCGCGGCGCCGGCGCCAACUUCAACACGGAUGACGACGUGACCGUCACCUUCCUGCCCCUGGUGGACAGCGACAGGAAGCUGCUGCACGUGCACUUUCUGUCAGCGGUGGAGAUGGGGAACGAGGAGCAGCAGGAGAGGCUGCUGCGGGAGUGGCUGGACUGCCGCGUGACGGAGGGCGGCGUGUUGGUGGCGCUGCAGAAGAGCUCGCGCCGGCGGAACCACCCACUGGUGGCGCAGAUGGUGGACAAGUGGCUGGACGGCUACCGGCAGAUUCGGCCGUGCGCCGCGCUCUCCGACGGCGAGGAAGAAGAGGAGGAGGACGACGAGUGAGAACGCGGUGCGAUUGCUUCACAGCGCUACCUUUUCAUCGCUUUAUUUGGUCCUUUUGACGAGGGAAAGAUGGCCUCCCGCUGCCCUGAAAUGCCCAACAGGGGGCGCCGAGGAGCUGGAGGCCAACAAGACGAAUGGGCUGGACUCCUCUGCCUCCGAGAACGCAGCUCCCGGUUCAGAAAGCAUCCCACCCGGGAGGUCCCAUCCUGAAUGUAAACCCCCUUCAGUAAAAACGACGCAUGUGGUUGGCUGAAGUUGUCCCUCCACAGGAAAAAAAAAAAAAAAAAAGAAACCAGCGCUGACA